AGUCUUUGAUUGUAAUAUUACUGACAUCGUGAAGUCGAUAUGAAUAGUAUGUUCGAGAGAUGAAUUUUAGGACGGAUGUCUAAGCCGUGCAUCAGUACAUUUCUGUGUAAUAAUAAAUCUAAUGCGUUUAUUCCUGGAUGUAGGUUUCUUAGCAACAAGACUCUCUAGCUUUUGUUUGUAAGUGCUUUCUGCAAUAUUGAACAACUAAAAUUUACGAAAAAACCAGCAUAAUUGAUCACUCAAUAAAAACAUAAAAUUGUAGCAAGCUCUGAAUUGCAAAAUUUUUUCGUUCAUCAAAUCAGAUAGACUUACCAAAAUUUGCUAAGGAAAAUGAAUAACCAAAAUCGCUCAUCGUCCGUAGAAAACAUUUUAGACUUGAUGGAUAACCUCAUUCGAGAUGUUCCGAACAUGGCCGCAGACCUAACAGAGAGUUCAGAAGCGGCAAAUACCACACCAGUUCAUAAUUUUGGAUCAGGAGAAAAUCGGCGAAUCUUGAAAAUGAGACAGCAAUUAGCUAAGCAGAAUAAUUUCAUUGCAGAACUGAAACGGAAAAUACAGGCUUUGGCGUCGUUAUCGCCGAAAUCAAUAUCCGACCAAGAGGAACUUGCUUUUCUGCGUAGCAGGCUGGAAAAAGAGAAGGAGUUGCUCAAAAAUGUGUUGAAUAGCAUAAAAAUAGAGGAACAAAAGAUGAACAAAGGACAGGUCUGGAAACCAAUCCCACUGUGCAGCGAUCCUUCAGACGACGUAUGUCGCAAUCCAUGGAUGUUGGGGAAUGUAUCUACUCAAGAAAACCGAUUUUCCUAUGAUUUAAAUAUUUCAUCUCUAAGCUCAAAGAUCCAAAUUGACGAAACGAAAGCUCAUGCAGGCGUUAGCGAAAGAAUGCAAAAAGAGCUAAUGAAUCGAGACAGAGUAAUAGAAAUUUUACAAAACCGGGUUGAUGCUCUUACUUCAGAUGUGUUGAAGGUCAGACGUGAUAAUGAAGUUAUUCUUCAAAAAACACCAAAGCAGAGUCAUUUUUGCGAAGCAGAUAUGAUGCACAGACUGCGUUUUUACAAAGACAAUACUGAUGCUUUAGAACGUAACUUGAACCAAAUGGGUGCUGCACUAAGCAUAUUACGUUCAGAGUUAGGUGCCAAUUUAACAGAAAAUUUUUCAAAAUCGAUAACAUGCAGUACAUUUCUUGCGCCGAACAACUGUGAACAAAAAAACCAUUUGCCUAGACAAGAUGACCAAUACAACAGUUUACUUAAAAGCUACACACAAAAAUCCGAUGAGUGUAAAAAAUUAACUGACCGCCUUGCUAAAGCAUGCUCUUGUCAGGAUUCUAGUUCAGAAAAAACAGAACUCGAACUGCUCAGAAAUCGGUGCUCAGAGUUGUUAGAUGUUCAAGAAGAGUUUAAGAUUUUGAUGAAAGAACAAGGAGAACAGUUGGAUGAAUAUCGCAACAAAUAUUUAAAAGCACAGCAAAAAGUCGAAGAACAAAUACUCCAAAUGGAACAAAUAAAUAUUAAGAAUAGUAAAAUAGAAGAUCAAAUCAAUAUUGAAGUUCAGCGAAUCAAAACAAAAUUUCAAGACAAACUCCGCCAACUUGCACCUUUUCCUAAUCUUUUAGAAUCUGAAAAGCAAAAGGUAAAACAAUUAAGGCAAUCUAACGAGAAACUUCUACACGAACUCAAAAAAUCUGCUAAGGAGAUUAAAAAUCUUGAACAUCGUCUACACAAUGCUCACGCUUCCCAAAAUGCAGAACUAGAAAGGGCUCACGAUCUUCUAAAGGUCGAGUUUAAACAGGUUUCAGAAUUGCUGGAUGAGGCUGAAAAAGGAAAGUCCAAUCUAGAAGAUAGUCUGAACAUGGCGCUCAAAGAAAUUGAUGAAAUACGUGUUGAAACUGCGAACAUCAUUGCUAGAGCCAACGAACGUUCACAAAAAGAUAAGAAGACAGCACAACUUAAACAACAUGAGUUGGAGGUCGAGCUUGUUCAAUGUCGGGCGGCAGCUGCCGUAACAAUAAACAAUCGUGAAGAUGCAUUACGCGAAAUGCAGAAUCAAAUAGCAGUUCUUUCGGCCAGUUUUGAUGACGCACAGAUGCAUAUACAAUCAUUGCGAAACCAGCUCACAUUUUUGAGAAAUGAACAGCGUGGAUUAAUUUCUUGAUGUGUUGUAAUUAACAAUAAAUCAUUUCGAUACACAAAACUUUUUUUCAAUACCAGGUUUUACGAUUUUAUUAUAUGUUUCCUUUUUAUGGACUGAAAAAAAAGCUAACUUUAUAUGAACAUUUUAUAUUGUAUAUAUAACAUCAACAGAUAGUUUUAUGUAACGUCCGAUCGCUAUGCUAAUAGUUUCAAUCGAACCAAUUUGAAACUUCAAUGUUGAUGCAAAUAAAUAAAAUUUGUUAAUUGAUACAAAUAAAUAACUUAUAUUACGCGAAGAAACUAAAUAUUCUUUAACAA